UCACAGCCUCAAGCUUCACAGCAAGAGCAGAGGAGGGAGAGGAAGAGGAGGAAGAAGGAGCUUCACGCACAGGCACAGCACGGCCGCGAUGAGGGGGAGGAGGAGGGGGAGCAGCGGCACGGCCACCGACUUCCUCGUCUGCUUCCCGCCGCGGGCGCACCUGGCGCUCAUGCCGCCCAAGACGGCCUGCAGCCCGUCGCGGCCGUCUGCGAGCUCCGAGCGCCGGCACAGCACCAGCGGCGCCCGGCCGUCGUCGUCCAGGGUGGCCGCCAAUAGGAACCCGAGCCGCCGACACCACGCCGUUGACGUCGGCGAGGACAACGAGCCGACGUCGCCCAAGGUGACGUGCGCGGGGCAGAUCAAGGUCUCCCGGUCGGCCAAGCCCAAGGGAGGCCUUGGCGCCGCCGGUGGGAAGAAGAAGGCCACGUGGAUGCAGGCGCUCGGGAUCAAGAAGGACGCCCUGCCCUUCCUCAACGCCCUGCACGGCGCCUUCCGGCUCAACGUCUCAGGCUGCUUCGGCAGGUUCCCCGGCGCCGUCGUGGAGUACACAUCCGGGGAGGAGGACGAGGAAGACGAGGAGCAGGUGGGCCGCGCGGGGAAGGAGACGGAUCGGCACGGGGAUGCAUUGGCCAAGUGGUUCAUGGUGCUGGAGGAAGGGAAGAGGGUUCCCAGAACGACGCAGGAACAAGAACUAAAGCCGGGGGAGGAGGACCAAGAAGACGCGGCGCCGCCGGCGAACGCGCUGAUGCUGAUGCGGUGCCGGUCGGCGCCGGCGAAGGGGCUGGCGAGGAGGCUCGGGGUGGCAGACGCAGGGGAGGACGAGGAGGCCAAGAGCGACAGCAACGAGGCAAAGGAGGAAGAGGCGGAGAAGGAGAACCUGGUGGUCAUGAGGUACCCGCCCGACUUCUUCCAGGUAUCCAUGGACAUCGCCAAGGAGACAUGGAUCGUCGGCGGGGACGACUCGAUCUUACGCUGCCGGAGCUGGAAGAAAUGAACGACGAUGAUCCAUUCCAUCCUCUCCUUCCGCGAACAAUGUAUGUGUGUUUUUCAACGUUUUGCUACCCCGAUCCUCUGCCGAUUCUCCUUCUGAGAGCAGAGUCGUUGCUACGAUUUGCGUAUGGAUCGCGUAAAGGAUUCGAUCAGCAUGUGGCAGAUUUGGUUCAGAGAAGGCCAGCGUGUAGGCCUCUCAGCAAAACAUAUUCUGCUCUGUAGAUAUUGCUGUGUUUUUAUUAGGGAUCCCUUGCUAUAUUUUUACCUACAUAUGCAUAUAUAUAUAUAUGUACAUGGUGAACAGUACCUGCAGUAUGUGAGGAGUAAUACGAGUGAAGUGUAUAGCUCCCAGCCAGUGUGCAACUUAACUUUGGAUCUGAGAUGGAGUUCUCUAGCGAUUUACCUUAGUACUCUUGUUUGCAUGAUAUAAGCAUUAAGGCGUUAAGCUGACUGUACAUGAUUUGUUGAUUUCUGUUUGUAUACCUGGAAGAAUUAAUUUGAUGUCACAGCUUUGCCA